CUCAAGUGGAAGAUGGAAGCUUUCGAGGUCCCUAAAUUUUCCACUUCUUUUCUUCCUUUCCCAAGUUGAUAAUUUCACGACACACAGUUCUGGAAUUCAACAGCCACCAUGUAUUCGUGGUGGGCAUCAAUGCAGCCAGAAGUUGAGAGCGAUGGGAGCAAUCGUAGCGUUCUGCAGAGCUUUCCUGACAAUGUCGGAAGGGAAGUUGUCCUUUCCGUGGUUCGACAACUUGCGAAUCAUCUGAGUUUGACUGCGACGAGUAGUCGUGCAGGCAGUCAGCACCUACGGAGCCCGCUAGAUACGGAGAAAGAAGUGCUAUGGACUAUGGAGGUGAUCUGUUAUGGCCUGACAUUAUCUUUAACUGAGCAAGAAGCCGUCAAAAGCUGCGUGAAUGUCUACUGUGAGUGGCUGAGUGCUCUAACCAUCCCCAAACACACCAUACCCACUCCACUACUCAAAGACCCUAACUUCUUCGUGCAGAAGAUCCUAAGACAUCUCAUCAAUUUAUUCCUGCCGAGAAUGCAACCACGAAUGCAAGGAAUGAAUAUGCAUGAGACAACGACCCAGGUCAUGUUGUGUCACCGCGUCUUGCGCACCAUACAGACCGUCGCAACCGAGAGCAUCGUCAUGACGAGGCAAACCUGGGAAUCCCUGUUGAAGUUUCUGUUGGCUGCCAAUGACAUCAUUUUGGCCCCGCCCCUUGAACCGGGAGCGCUGUCUAUGGUGCCCAUUCCAGACAGCCUAGCUGAGCAGCUGUGUGAGCGCCUGCUCAGUGUCCUCUUUGAGAUCUGGCUGUUGGCCUGCGGACGCUGCUUUCCCUCCCCGACGCUGUGGCGGACCCUGACUGACAUGUGCGCCACGUGGCGCCACCAUGCCGCCACGGUAGAGCAGUGGAAUCGCAUCAACAAGGUGCUGACCUCCAGACUGCUCAAGAUUCUCUACGGACCUGAGUUCCCAACUCUCUUCAUUGCUGAUGAAGAAGCCCACAUCAUCCCGACAGAGCUGGACAACGACGGCAUCGCCCAGACCUGGUUCCGCUUCCUCCACCUCCUGGGUAACCCCGUUGACCUCUGCAGGCCAAAGGUCAUAAGUCACACCCCUAAGUUCCGGUCGGCGGCCGUGACCUAUCAACCCUCCCUGGAACCCCACCAGUUCACCUGCCUGCAAGCCCUGCCGCAGAUCUUCUUGAAGGCCAUGAGAGGGGUGUCGGUUGUCAUUGAUGCGUUCUUGGGUAUAUCCACCCAUCAGAGUGCCGAUCCACACACCACACGGACCCCCACCCUCCCACCUGGAGACACCCCGCCCCCAAGUCGCAAGAUCAGCCGCAAGGAACAAAUCUCCACCAAGCAGUUCAAAGAGAAACUCACAUCGUCCCACCACCCUCCCCCUUUAUCCUCCCAAUCCUCCAGUCAAACCACGAUGUCGUUCUGCGUGGAGGACGCCACGGAUGGGAGGGGCAGCCCCACCCCCCGGCGCUCCCAGUGCAACAGCAUCUUGCACCUGUUUGGGGCGUGGCUGUUUGAGGCGGCCCUCACCGGCUGUAAGUCUCGCUGUAAAAUCCUCCCGCCUCCCCGUCGGAGGUCUUUAGCUGUCGAUGCCCGCACUAACACCACUAACUUUGCUUUGGAUACAAUUUUGUUCAAGCAAGGUAAAGCAUUCAAGCGUCACCAUUCCAUCGCGAUUCCCGACUCGGCCCGCUCAGCCCACCUCAGUGACCUCCGCAGUGUCUCCCUCCAGGAUCCGUUCUCCGCCUCGGUGGCCGCCAACCCGCUCUUCGACAUGUCGGAGUUUCCCGAUAAUUAUGAGGCGGGGCGGGCCGAGGCGUGCGGGAUGCUCUGCCGGAUCUUCACGAGUCGUAAGUCGGAUGAGGAAAUACAGCAGGCGUACCUUGGACGGUUCUAUGUCGCGUUCAGCCAGGGUGUGAGAGUGGAUGAGGCACUGAGCGGUCAGGUGCUUUCCAGCGUCCUGUACAACUCUACCAAUCUGCUGCGCAUUGAUCUGAAGGGAGUCCAGGUACUCAUCCCAGACAUCAUCACUGCACUGCAGGUUGUUCUGCCAGACAAGGAGAUUCGAUUCCAGUCUUUGGUGUCCAAUCAUCAGCUCCGUAGGGCCUCCAUACACCUCUUGCUAUCCAUGCUGUGUCUGCCACAUCACUUCAAGAAUCUUCCCAUACAAGAUUUGAUGACCGGCAAAGAGAUGACCACUGAGGACCUGCUUGGCCGGACAGAGCUGGUCACUUUCCAGUCCCUCAAGCCAAAGUUGGUUGACCUUAUGAUCACCGCCGUGCAAUGUGAAACCGACUCAUAUAACACUCAGAUGCUCCUUGGCGCAAUGCAUUUCUGCGUGCUGGACUCGGCGAUGUGUGAAGAGAUGGAGGCCAAGCAGGCAGAGAUGGAACAGAAAGACAACAUCCUACAUGAAGAGGAUGAGGAAGAAGAACUAGAGGCGGGGAAUAACGAGCCAGAGAAAUUAAAGAGAGACAGUGAUUUUGAUGAGAAGCGAGCUAGCUCUGGGAGUAGGACUUCAUCACGUAGCUCAGUCACCGGAAGGACAGAUUCAGCCUGGGUUAUCUUUGUGCGUUGUUGCCACCUGGUAUGCCAGCGGUUGAUGUCAGCUUGGAGUACUGACUACACCGUUGCCUUGGCAGCGCUGGAGCUCCUGGCUGGAUUGGCUAAAGUCAAGAUCAAAAUCAUAGAUUCCUUGGAGUGUAAGCGUGCAGUCAAGUGGAUCUGUGAUCACAUUGUUUACCAGUGUAGUCGGCCCUCCAUGUACCAUUCUAGAGAUCUUCAUUCUAUCAUUGUGGCAGCAUUCCAUUGCCUGACGGUCUGGUUGAUUGAGCACGGAGAUCUGCUCAAAGACAAGGAAUGCCUGCAGUGCGUCUUGGAGGUGGUAGAGUUGGGUAUAUCAGGUACCAAGUCGCAACGCAAGGCCUCGGUGGCACCAGUCUUCAAGCAAGACAAGGAGCUCAAGCCGGCAUCUAAGAGAGUCAAAGAUGCUGCCGAGGGUCUCUUAGCAUGUCUGCUGAACCAUGUGGGUUCCUUUCCCAACCCCUGCGGUCCUGCCUCAGUAGGCUCUCUGCUUGACGAGCAAUCAUUGCUCAAGUACAGCACAGAUACCAGCAGUCGCAACACACCACACCAGCCUACAUUCAGAUACUUUGUACUGGAGAACACCACACUGAUGGCUGUACUGGAGAGACCGGUGACAGAAAAUGGUGGAGAGAUUCUACCCACAGUUACUACUGUCAUACGUGGUCCAACAGGCCGUCAUGUUUGGACCAUGAAGCUACGACAUUGGUCCAAGAAAGAAAAGGCAGACACUACAUCCCGCCUGAUGUAUCCCAUGAGGCCUCAGCCAGAUGAUAACGUCGGCACCCACCAUGAGAUCACGUCACGUCACUACCCCGAGGCCGUGGACAAAAUCCUGCUCACCCAGGCGGAUCAGAGCAUCCCGUCCUUAGAAGACAUCGAAACGGACGUCCUCAGAUCUGACCAUCAGAAACUAGAACGACUCAUCGAGGAGCAAACCGAGUAUGAGAAGUUUGUCUGCGAGACGGCCCAGGAGGAUAUCAAGCGAGGGGGCUAUCCCAAUGCACGCACCGAGUGUAAGCCGCCCAUGCCCUGUCGAGAGUUUGGCUCCGCUCGCCUUAUCCUGUCGCACUUGGGCUAUUUGAGUCUGGACUCACUCAAGGAUCCCCAGAACAGCCCCAUCCCACCAGCUGUGGUUGCCCUUGACAACGACCCCGCAAACUUUGCCAGUGACCUGAGCGCACUUGACGCUAUUCCAAGUCGGACCUACGAUACGGCUUUCAUCUUCUACGUCAAGGCCGGGCAGUCCAACGCAAACGAUAUUAUACAAAAUGUGACAGACCGAGCCAACGUCCAGCCUCAAUUCCUAGAGUUCUUGGGUUCCUUGGGCUGGCCGGUAGACGUCCAUCAACACGCAGGAUGGACGGGGAAUGUCACAACCAGCUGGAAGAUAACAUUUGCUGAACACAAGGAUAAUACCGCAGGACCAACCAAACAAGAUGGAGACAUGUCAUUUGCAUCUUCUACCGAGACGCAUGGUGGUAGUCUCUACAAUGGUGAUACCCACGUUUUGUACUACGCUGAUGUCAUGUCGGAGAUAGCCUUUGUUGUACCUAGUGUGAGGCAUCAUGGGAAGGGAAGGCGGCACUCGGCCGAUGACGGAAUUGACGAGCCGAGUAAACCAGCCCCGAUGCUGACCCACAAGAGCACCAAAUCCCUCCCCCUCAGCAGCCGUAACCUGACCCUUGACCUCCCCUCAGACACCGCCCCUUCCACCACCCCUCCCCAGGUCAGUCCCAUGAGCUCCUUAGAGAGAGGUCGCAAGUCCUUGCACAAGAGGGGUCCGCUGCUGGGGCCUGAGAUCAAGGUGCUUAUCGUUUGGUUGGAGAGCUUUGAUGAUCGGGAGGCCUUCCCUCUGGCGGAUCUCCUAGAAGAAAUGAACACUGGGCUAGAGACAUUAUGCCAAGGGGGGAAUUCCUCUGCACAAGUCAAGUCCCUCGCAGAGCCCACAGUAGUCUUGAUGUUUAUACACCCCUUGAAAAGUGGACUCUUCCGAAUCCAUAUGCAUGGCAGACCAACUCAAGCCAUUCCCCUAGUGGACGGUAUGGUGGUCAGCCGUAGAUCUCUGGGGACAUUGGUCCGACAAACAGCCAUCAACGCUUGCCAUAGAAAACGCAUGGAAACAGACUCAUAUUCCCCGCCUCAUGUCAAGCGACGACAGAAGAUCCAAGACAUGGCCAACAAGUAUCGCAGCCGGCUGUCCGUGCCCGAGUUCUACACUGCGCUCUUUGCCGAUUGCCGCCGAUAAUCACUAGAGAUACAACUAAGUGAGUUCAGAUGAUAACUGACUUAGCAGUAAUUAAACGUGUAAUGCUAAUUGCACAGCUUUUAAUUGGAGCUUAAUCUGACCGGAAGCAUUUGUUGUCUGUAAUUAAAUCUCUCUUAAUGAAGAGUACCAGAGUUCAGUAAACUGUUUAGGUUCGGAUAAUGCACUGUGAUGCAGCUGGCUGCGUUGUAAAGAUAAUAUGUGAUGCGAUCAAGCUCAAUGAGUCGUUUGGCGACCCUGUUUUUUUU